AUGAAUGGAAUGCUGAUAUUGCUGAUCAAAAUUGAUGAUUUCUCACAGUUUAUCAACAAAUGGGUCGAAAUCAAGUACAGAAUACUAAGCAAAGUAAACCAGAACUAUGUAAGAAGCAUCCUUGGAUGUUGUGAUGAUGCAAAAGAGUGUGAGGUUGGCUGUUUUAAUAGAAUUGGACAAUUAUUUCGUAGAACUGUACAAAUUAUUCACAAAGUGAUCAUUGGUCUGUUUAUUUUGGACAGUAUCAGCCUUGCUCUCUACGUGAAUAAAUGA